UCACCAUGCCUUCUUCUGAUUACCGUAUCUGCAUGCGUGGCUCUCGAUGAUACCAGGGACAGACCCCGGACAUCGGCUAAACCAUGGAUAAGGUCUAACGUCGGAUCAUUCCGCUGACUGGUCAAUUGCUUUGCUUCCCAGGCGGCGAUCGAAGAUCCGUCCUCUCCCACUCUUCGGUCUGAGUUUGCUAUGGCCACAGACACAUGUUGUUCUGCGUUCUAUUCAUACACAUUCAUUCAUAUGCACACCUCCGGUUUGUCUUUUCGCCAUCCUCAUCCUCUUCUUCAUUCCUCAUUCCUCUCUUCAUUCCCUCUUCCUACCUUCUCUCCACCUUGGUUCCCCUCACUGGCCCUCUGAUAAUUCAAAAUGAUCUUCCAGUCCUCCGAUCCUGACCCAAUUUAUCCCGUCCUCGACAUCUACCACUUCCUCGAAUCCAACCCUUGCGGAGUCCAGCCAGGCAAGAAGGUCUUUGUCGAUCCCGAUACUGAGGACCACAUCACCUUUGGCCAGUUCCAGCUCGAGACCAAGCAAUUCGCCGCUGGUCUCCAGGACACGCUCGGUUUCAAGGACAAAGACGUCCUUGCUGUCUUCUCAUGCAACCAGUACGACUUUGGUGUCCCGAUCCUCGGUACACUCUGUGCAGGGGGUAGGGUGACAACCGUCAACCAUUCCUACACCCUCACCGAAGUCGUCCACCAGCUCAAAGACUCGGGUGCAAAGUACAUGGUCACCACCAUCGAUCUGCUCCCCACAGCCACGAAGGCAGCUGAGGUCUGCGGCAUUGCACCUGAGGCCAUCCUGCUUUUCGGUGGAUCGGACGAUCCUGUCUCUGGCAAAAAGUCCUACAAGAGCAUCUAUGGCAAGCGUCUGGCGGUGCCUGCCAAGAUCGCUAUGGACGACAUUGCUUAUCUGUGCUACUCCAGCGGUACCACUGGCAAGAGUAAAGGCGUGAUGCUCACACACCGCAACAUCACCUCGAACCUUGUCCAGAUCAUGAGCUACGAUGCCGAGGUCAUCAAGCAGAAGGACCUGGUUAUCCUCGGCUUUCUGCCACUAUACCACAUUUACGGUCUUAUGAACUGCCUUCACAUCUCGCUCAUCACCGGCACGGAGACGGUGAUCAUGCCAAAGUUCGAUUUGCCUUCGUUCCUGCAAAACAUCCAGAAGUUCAAGGUUACGAAUACGUUCAUUGUGCCACCUGUGGCCCUUGCUCUGGCUAAGCACCCCAUGGUCCUGGAUUACGACCUCUCCUCUCUACGCCACAUGGCCUGUGGAGCUGCUCCCCUACCCAAGGACCUUUGCGGAUUGAUCGAAACCAGACUAGGUGUUUACUGCCGCCAGGGAUUUGGAAUGACUGAGGCAUCUCCAUUAGUGUGCUGUGUGAGGCCCAGCCAGCGUGCCCCUGAUGGCUCCGUUGGUCCUCUUGUUGCGGGAUUGCAGGCCAAGGUCGUUGACCCGGAGACUGGAAAUGAACUCGGAGUUGGACAGCCAGGCGAAUGGUUGCUGAAGGGCCCUAAUGUGAUGAAAGGAUACCUCAACAACACUGAGGCGACCAAGCACACUAUCCGCGAGGACGGAUGGAUGCACACCGGCGAUAUCGUUUAUGUCGAUGAGCAGGGCAACUGGUUCGUGGUGGACCGUCUAAAGGAACUGAUCAAGUACAAGGGAUUCCAGAUCCCUCCUGCUGAGCUCGAGUCGCUCCUGCAGACGCACCCCAAGAUCAUGGAUGCUGCUGUCAUCUCCGUUUACGACGCCAAUCAGGCGACCGAGAUCCCCCGCGCGUAUGUUGUGCCACGCGACCCUGCCACAGCUGAUACGGCACUCAAGACGGAGAUCGAGGCGUUUGUGGCGUCGAGGGUAGCGCCUCACAAGAAACUGCGCGGAGGCGUUGUGUUUACGCACGAGAUUCCCAAGUCUGCAUCGGGCAAGAUCCUGCGCAAGGAUAUCGUUAAGAUGGACCAGGAGCAGAACCAGUCUGCAUCUGAGCUCAAGGCGCAUCUCUGAAACGUUUUAGGACGCUGUCUUCUGCAUCAUUUAGAUACCCGUGGAAAAGAUGUUUUCUUUUGUUCAAUAAUAGACAUUUAUAUCAUAAGAACGCUUCCUUGACAGUAGUGGUUGUGUCUCUCUGCCCUUCCAUAUCUCCCCUCUUUCACGAACAAUGACAAUGACGCGCUUUGCAGCAGACACCUUUUAUAGCGUUCAUGUUGGACCUACUUCUUCUGUUACGACCUAUUAUCAAAAUGUGCUUUCCGUUUCUCCCGCGGAAGAGAUUUGUUUGUAUGGCCAAGUGUUGUUUGCGUAAGCUAAGCCUUGUCGCUUGUUCCUCAUAUGGC